AACAAAACGAAACUCCCGAGAAAGCAUGUCGCGCCAGCACAUCUCGGAGGACGAAGCGCUGCUGCUGCGCAAGGAGAAGUUUCGCCUUGCGCAGAGCAAGACCGUCGAAGGCGGUAUCGAGAGCUCAUUUGAGAGUCGAUUUUCGCAGCUCGAGGCGCCGUUCUGGAAAGCUUUCUAUGCGGCGUGUGCCGCUGGCGCCGAGUGGGUCAACUACCGAUCGCUGCUCAUUUCGUACUCGCUGCCGCAGACCAUCAAUAGCACCGACGCUUACGGGGAAACCAUGAUGACGCUGGCCGCGCAGCACAAUCGCGUUCACGUUCUCACCGUGCUACUUGGCAUCAAGGGCGAUCCGUGGCGCACCAAUCAAAAGGGCUGGAGCGCCGUGACAGUUGCCGCUGUCCAAAACCACGAUGCAGUCAUCCAGAUUUUUGCUGCGAACCGCGUCAAAUUAGACUUGCCCGACAAGCGACUUGGCUACACACCUGCGCACUUUGUGGUGCAAGUUCACAACGACAAGAUGCUUCGGUUGCUGCACGACUUACACGCUGACCUGCGGACAGCUGCCAAGAACGGCUACACACUGCUCCACACGGCGGCCGAAGCCGCAGCCGACGAUUGUUUGGUGUACCUUGUCAAAAUGAAGCUUAUACCGGUGGACGCCCGUGACACCAACAACGAAACUGCGUGCCACAAGGCGGCGCGCCACAACCACAAUCGCGCACUUGAGAUUCUCUUGGCCCACGGUGCGUCCUUCUCGCUUCAAAACCGAGAGAAAGACGGCGUCGCCA